AUGGAAGUUGGCAUUAUUGGCUCGGGCAUCAUUGGUCUUUUGUCAGCCUUGACCCUCACGGACGCUGGCUACAAAGCCACUAUCAUCGCGCGCGAUUUACCAGGCGAUGAAACCCAGGACUGGGCAAGUCCUUGGGCUGGGGUAUCCAUCUAUCCUCACCCAGACGCUGGUGGCAAUUCCCUCCAAACGGAGAAUUUCAAAUACUUCUGGACAUUAGCACAUAGAGACCCUACAAGUGGAGUUCAAGUAUUGAAGGCUACCGAAUACUACGAUGAUAGAGAAGAUGAUUCAAGUAUUUGGUAUAAAACCGUUGUGCCACGCUACCGCCGAAUUCUUGACAACGAGCUACCAAAGGGAGCCAAAGUUGGCUUCACAUACACCUCCAUGACAGUAAAUCCAACAUUUUUCCUGCCGUGGAUCAAGAAGAUACUCGAAGGCCGCGGCGUAAGAUUCAUUCGGAAGACGCUAAGCUCUAUUGAAGAAGCGAGAAAAAUCACCGGCUCUAGAGUUAUCGUGCACGCAUCGGGUCUAGGGGCAUUCUCACUUGCUGGUGAUAAGGAUGUGGAGGCUAUUCGUGGGCAGACAAUGUUCAUUAAAACGGAUUUUGAUCAGUUGAUGAUGCAUCAAGGCUCUCACUAUACGUAUGUGAUCCCUCGGAUGUUCACGAAUGGCGCAAUCAUCGGUGGUGUGAGCCAGCCGGGUAAUUCAGACCGUAGUGUGGACGAAGACCUACGCUCUGAUAUCCUCCGGCGUGUUAAGACGCUUACGAAUGGGGCCCUUGACCAGGCUAGUUUGGAGGAUGUACAGAAGGACAUUGUCGCUUUCCGGCCUGGGAGGAAGGGAGGAUAUCGCUUGGAAGCAGAGGGCGAAACAGUGCAUGCGUACGGAUUUGGGAGCCUCGGCUAUAUUUUCAGUUACGGGGUGGCCUUGAAAGUUCGAGAGCUAGUUGAAUCGUUGGUGAAGGAGGAUCGAGGCAAAAUGAGUCGCCUCUAA